CUGGACCCCAAUUCCCAGGCAGCCAUGAUGCACAAGGCUAGGAAGGAGAAGUCCGGGGACAGCCUGCUGCGGAAGGACUCCCAGAGCUCGGACCAGUCGGAGUCGCUGCGGCCUCCCCCACCCAGGCCCUACAAGAGCAAACGGGGCGUCAAUAAGAGGCAGAUGUCUAUCAGCAGCUCAGAGGAGGAGGGCGCCUCCACGCCCGAGUACACCAGCUGUGAGGACGUGGACAUGGAGAGCGUCAGUGAGAAAGGUGAUUGGGACUGCCAUCCUCUGGAUCCUGCAGUGUGGCAUUCUAGAGAUACUACUCCCCCUCUACAGCAUCCAGUGACAUGGCAGCCGUCCAAGGAGGGCGACCACUUAAUCGGACGCAUCACUCUGAGCAAAAGGUCGGCCAUGCCCCGCGAGGCAGGCUCCUUACUAGGGUUAAAGGUUGUGGGUGGGAAGAUGACAGAGACAGGGAGACUGGGGGCCUUCAUCACCAAAGUCAAGAAAGGAAGUCUGGCGGACAUUGUUGGCCACCUACGAGCUGGUGAUGAGGUACUGCAGUGGAACGGGAAGUCGUUGCCGGGAGCAACCAAGAAGGAAGUGUACAACAUCAUUCUGGAAUCCAAGGCGGAGCCUCAAGUGGAAAUAGUUGUCUCAAGGCCUAUUGGAGACAUACCAAGAAUUCCAGAAACAUCACAUCCUCCUUUAGAAUCGAGUAAGUCGGGCUCCAGUUCCUUUGAGUCUCAGAAGAUGGAGCGUCCCUCCAUAUCGGUCAUGUCCCCCACCAGCCCUGCUACCCUCAGAGCCCUCCCCGUCAUCCUGCCUGGACAGCUCUCUGUAAAGCUGUGGUAUGACAAAGUGGGCCAUCAACUGAUCGUCAACGUCCUUCAAGCCAUAGACCUGCCCCCCCGACCGGACGGGCGACCCAGGAACCCCUACGUCAAGAUGUACUUCCUCCCUGACCGAAGUGAUAAGAGCAAGCGCAGGACCAAGACGGUAAAGAAGAGCGCUGGGCCCAAGUGGAACCAGACGUUCCUGUACUCCCACGUCCACCGCAGGGACUUCAGAGAACGCAUGCUGGAGAUCACUGUCUGGGACCAACCUAGAAUACAGGAGGAGGAGAGUGACUUCCUGGGAGAGAUCCUGAUAGAGCUGGAGACUGCCCUGCUGGACGACGUUCCUCACUGGUAUAAGCUCCAGACCCACGACGUGUCCUCUCUACCUCUGCCCCAGCCAUCCCCUUACCUCCCGCGCAGACACGCCUCUCACGACAGCCCCAGCAAGAAACUACAGAGUAAGUCGUCGAACGAGAGAGAGAGCAGGAACAGCACCCUGACUGUCCCAGAGCAGCAGAGACUGGCCCAGCACCGCUCCAGAUCUGUGUCCCCUCACCGCGAGGACAUAACAAGGGCCCGCUCCCGCCCUGCACACGUCCCCAUGCAGAGGAGUCUGGAUGAGAUCCAUCAGAACCGCCACCACUCCUGCUCCCCCGCUCGUUACCAUGACUCCCACGGGGAGCACCGCUCCGGGGACUCGGACUACGAGUACUCCGAGGACAGUGAGGUCCUCGAGAUGCACAGGUCUAUCCGAGGCGGGAGUGCCGAGUGCCUGCACACAAACAGAGGCGUAGCUAGGUCCAGCAAUACACUACCACCCAAAAUGCCCCUAUUAGUCAAUGGUAUACACAAGGACAUAUACAGUGAUCUGCAGCCCAGUCUGGACCGGUUGAGGAGUGCCAGCAGCACCUGCCUCAGACCUGACACCAACCUCCACUCUCCUGAUAAAGACAGAACACACACCCACAGCCCCUCCCCUCCUACAGGGACUCCCCAGUCAGGUCGCAGGGGCAGACAGCUGCCACAGGUUCCUGCCAGAAGCAGCAGUGUAGAGCAAGAGGGGAAGGGGAAGAAGGAGAAGGGUGCAUCCAUCCAGAGGAGCACAGAGACGGGCAUGGCUGUAGAGAUGACCAGGAACAUGAGUCGACAGUCCAGUAAAGAGUCCACCAACGGCACCAUGAACAGCUGCAACUCCGAGGGAAAUCUGCUUUUCGGUGGGGUGCGUCUGGGACAGCCAGGCAACCAGUUCAGCGACUUCCUAGAUGGCCUGGGUCCUGCUCAGCUGGUGGGCAGACAAACACUGGCCACACCUGCCAUAGGUGAUAUUCAGAUCGGGAUGAUGGACAAGAAGGGUCAGCUGGAGGUGGAGGUGAUCAGAGCUCGGGGCCUUGUACAAAAGCCUGGAUCCAAAUCCCUCCCUGCUCCAUACGUCAAGGUCUAUCUGUUGAAUAAUGGAGCGUAUGUAGCCAAAAAGAAAACCAAGAUUGCACGGAAAACGCUCGACCCGCUGUACCAGCAAGUGCUGCAAUUCGAGGAGAGCCCACAGGGGAAAGUCUUACAGGUGAUCGUCUGGGGAGACUACGGACGAAUGGACCACAAAAGCUUCAUGGGAGUUGCACAAAUCCUAUUGGAGGAACUAGACUUAACAAGCACAGUGAUUGGCUGGUACAAGUUGUUCCCACCCUCCUCCUUAGUGGACCCCACACUAGCCUCCCUGACUCGACGUGCUUCCCAGUCGUCAUUGGACAGCUCCUCGGGCCCACCGGGCACCCGAUCCUAG